AUGGACAAGGAGCAUGGCAGGGGCACAAGAAUAGUGCCGAGAUGUCGGUUGACGCCGUUCAUCGACGCCAUCCGACCAAUAGAGACAAGGCGAAGGGGCGGAGCGAUAUCGAUCGAUGAACAUGACCAUCGUGCUGGUCUUCCUGGACUGGUCCUUCUCCUGGAUGGAUUUGUAUCUAUGUCCGCUCCACAGCUAAUAUUUCUGAAGAACAACAGAGGUCUGUCUCGAUUGAGGAAUACGCUGUCCGUGCUCGUCGUAUUUCAUCACCCAACACAUUGCACUCGCGAUUCUUCGAUGGAUUACUCGGACCACCACCUUCAUACGCUUCCAGGCUGUUAUUACUAA